UCAAGUCAGGAAGACAUUUCUUUCCUGAUAAUGUGUCUCUUUUCUAGAAAGAAGGACAAUCAACAAACCUGCCGGGGUAUUUCCAACAUUAGAAAGAUCAAACUGCAUCAACUGACAAUUCACUCUUUUAAAGUUCAUAGACAGUAGAUACUAGGAUGAAAGCCUAGCCACUCCCUUAAUCUUAGACACAACAGACAGAACUGAUUUCAAAAUAUUGCAUGCAUUUAAGAACAUUAUUUUGGGAAGGACUUGAGGCUUCUUCAUACUGGGAAAGAAGUCCAGGCCAUAAAAGGCCAGGCUGAGGGAGUGGGCAACUUCUCUGAGAUAAUUGGCCCAGCAAAGCGCAUGCGCCUUUUACUCAAAUGUGUCUCAAGCUUCCUUCUGAGUUGCGCAAAAAAAACUUUGAAAGGCGGUUAUGUGGCCUCAGUUCAGCUGACCUCGGGCCUGGCUGGGAGUGUCAGUGGAGUUCCCGUUGGCUUCUGACCGCCCACUCGCUUCUCCAGCUUGCUGCGCAAGUGUCUGGGAUGCCGUCCGGGCCACAAUGCCAGAAAUGCCAGUGCCUCCUCCGGCUAUUGCUGCUGUUGCUGGCGGCAGCUGCGCCCGGGAACAGCCAGCCGCAGUCCGCCAGCUUCAGCUUGGCUGGCAGCUGGUUUCUGCGAAGCCAGGACGGCUCUGUGGAGGUGGAGGGGCAGGUCCCGGGUUGCGUGCACAGCGCCCUCUUCCAGCACGGCGUGAUUCAGGACCCUUAUUAUAGAUUUAAUGACCUGAAUUACAGUUGGAUCUCCUUGGAUAACUGGACCUAUAGCAAGGAAUUUAGGAUUCCCUUUGACUUCAGCAAAUUGCAAAAAAUAAGCUUGAUUUUUGAGGGAGUUGAUACAGUUGCAGAAGUGCUGCUCAAUAAUGUUACUAUUGGGAAAACAGACAACAUGUUCACUAGAUAUACCUUUGAUAUUACUAAAGAAAUCAGACAGCUCAACAUCAUCAAGCUUCAUUUCCAAUCAGCAGUUUUAUAUGCUGCUCAGCAAAGCCAGGCUCAUAGAGAAUACCGGAUACCACCUGAAUGCCCUGAGCCUGUCCAGAAAGGAAUGUGCCAUGUUAACUUUAUUCGAAAGGAACAGUGUUCAUUUAGCUGGGACUGGGGUCCUUCCUUUCCUACUCAAGGAAUAUGGAAAGAUGUUAGAAUUGUGGCCUAUGAUAUUUGUCACUUGGAUGACUUCACCUUUACUCCUACUUAUGUCAACAGUGCCAGAGAGUGGAAUCUUAAAAUAGAAGCUUAUUUUGAUGUGGUUAGCUCAAAACCAUUUGGUGGCCAAGUAACUGUGAGCAUUCCAGGUUUGCAAACCCACCAGAUAUAUGACAUUGAACUUUAUCCUGGGAAAAGCAUGAUUUCAUUGCUUCUGAACAUCAACAAGAAUACUACAGUGGAGACAUGGUGGCCUAAUGGACAUGGAAAUCAGACUGGGUAUAAUAUGGCAGUAACUUUUAAACUGGAAGGAGGCUAUCAUAUUAAAAAAUUAGCUAAGGUUUAUUUCCGGACAGUAGAACUUAUAGAGGCUCCAAUAGCUGGGUCCUCUGGCUUAAGUUUCUACUUCAAAAUUAAUGGACUUCCCAUAUUUAUCAAAGGAUCUAACUGGAUUCCAGCAGAUUCCUUCCAGAAUAGAGUAACCUCGGACUCAUUACACCUUCUUUUGCAAUCUGUUGUGGAUGCUAACAUGAAUACUCUACGAGUUUGGGGAGGGGGUGUUUAUGAGCAAGAUGAAUUCUAUGAAAUCUGUGAUGAACUGGGACUAAUGAUAUGGCAGGACUUUAUGUUUGCCUGUGCUCUUUAUCCUACUGACCAGGCUUUUGUUGAUUCAGUGAGAGCAGAAGUUGUUCAUCAGAUCAGAAGAUUGAAAUCUCACCCAUCCAUCAUCAUAUGGAGUGGUAACAAUGAAAAUGAAGCUGCUUUGGCAGAGAACUGGUUUUCUGUGCCAUCCAGUAAACGUCAAAUCUACUUCAGAGACUAUGUGACAUUAUAUGUGAAAAAUAUCAGAGAAAUUGUCCUGGCAGAGGACCAGACUCGUCCUUAUAUCACAUCUAGCCCCACAAAUGGAGCAGAAUCCAUUUCAGAAGGCUGGAUUUCCCGUAAACCCUAUGACACCCAUUUUGGUGAUGUACAUUUUUAUGACUAUGAAAGUGACUGCUGGAUUUGGAAGGUGUUUCCUAAAGCUCGGUUUGUUUCUGAAUAUGGCUAUCAGUCCUGGCCCUCCUUCAGUACAUUGGAAAAGGUUUCCUCUGCUGAAGAUUGGUCUUACAAUAGCAGUUUUUCAUUACAUCGACAGCAUCAUAAAAAUGGUAAUACUGAGAUGCUUAACCAAGCUGCCUUACAUUUCAAACUUCCUCAAAACUCAGAUCCAUUGAUUAUGUUCAAAAACACACUCUACCUUACACAGGUGAUGCAGGCCCAGUGUGUUAAGACAGAAACAGAGUUUUAUCGACGAAGCCAGAGUGAAAUAGUAGAUGGUGAAGGCCACACCAUGGGGGCCCUUUAUUGGCAGUUGAAUGACAUCUGGCAGGCCCCUUCCUGGUCUUCUCUAGAAUAUGGAGGCAAAUGGAAAAUGCUUCAUUACUUUGCUCAGCAUUUUUUUUCCCCUCUGUUGCCAGUUGGCUUUGAAGAUGAUGGCAUAUUUUAUAUCUAUGGUGUUUCAGACCUCCACUUGGACUACAUGAUGACACUUACAGUAAGAGUUCACCAGUGGAGCUCUCUGGAACCCGUGUGCUCUCAUAGAACUGAAUUUUUGAUGGUCAAGGCAGGACAGGCAACCCCCCUCUACAAGGAGCCGGUGAUGGAACUACUGAAAAGGUGUGGCCAGUGCACAAGACAAAGCUGUGUCAUCUCCUUUGACCUGACAGCUGGUAGUGAGUUCUCAAGCCCUACCAACCAUCACUUCCUGUCCUCCUUGAAGGAUGCUGUGGGGCUAGAGAAGGCACAGAUCACUGCCAAGAUAACCCAGCAAGGGGAAGUGUAUAGUUUUGAACUCAAAACCACGGCUGUUGCUCCUUUUGUGUGGCUGGAUGUAGGAAACAUAGAAGGAAGAUUUAGUGACAAUGGUUUCCUCUUGACAGAGAGGAGGAAAACAAUAUUAUUCUACCCUUGGAAGUCCACCAGCAUUACCAAACUUGAAAAAUCUCUUCACUUGAUUUCAUUGGCAGACAUUUACUGAAGAAAUUUCAGUUUUUUCAGUGACCAAAAGAAAAAAGAAAAAAAAAUCAGACCCCAAUAUAUAUGCUAGAAAAACUUUUGAAAAAUAUAACACCCCUAUUUAUAUUAAUGGCACCAAAAAGCAUGGAAAUAAAUGGAUUUUUCUUUAAUAUAAUUGUGAUAAGAAUAAUACUUUCUACAGCCUUAUCAUAUAGCCUGGACUGUUUUUUCCCCUAAGAUCCUACCUCAUGAAGGCACUAAAACCAUCAUUAAUUGCCUAGCACAUGGAAUAGAAGAACUUUAGAACUUCCUAGUCAACAAGAUACCAUGACUUCCUAAGAAUUCCUUGAUAAAGUCAAGGAAUUCCAACUAUUCACCUGAGUGGGCUUCUCUCAUAUUUAGAUCCUGGAGAGAGUAAAGAAUUUUUUUAAAACUGGUUUUGUUUUUGUCCUUUCUCAUUUAGACUUAUAACAACCUUUUAUCCUUCUCAUCACUAAACUAUGAUGCUGAUUAAAUUAAGUCCUUUUAAGGGGGAUAAUGCAGAUAAUGCAGAAGCAGGAAAGUUAGGCUUAGCUGAAUCCACGUGGGAGAUGAAACUGUCUACUCAGUCCCUGAAUAUGAAGGAAGGAAGCCCCUUAGAAAUCUCUAAAGACUGAUUUUGGGGUUGGAGAAUCUCAGCCUAUGAGCUAGGAAGCACUAGGUUUCCUAGUUAUAAGAUUUUUUUUUUUUUUUUUUUUUGUAUCAACCUUUAUAUUAGACCUGGCUGCACUGGAGAAAGCAAAGACUUUUUGUUACCUUACUCCUUGACGCUUGUUGAAGAUUUAUGACUAUAAGAAAUGUCAGCUUGUACACAGCCCCUGAUAUUCCUGGUUUUGCUUCUCUUCAUCAUUACUUAUUCACUAUUGGGGUAGUUUACUUGGAGAAUCCAGGAGCUUCAAUUGAAAAAUAAACUGAAAUAACCACUUCACAUAGUAUGUUGCAAUUAAAUUUAACGAAAAGGUAAAGUGAGGCAUGUUUCUCGAAGCAAGUGUCAUUGAACAGAGACAUGCUAUUUUGUCAACAAAAGGGUCAAUGGCUAUUUCAGUUUCUAGCCAAAGACCCAGGCUGAAGCUACAACUCAUUUUAUAAGCAUAGAACCAAAAAAAAAACAUACCUGUAGGUAGACGAUGUCUUGGAAUUGAGGA